UGCGUCUCGCGCCGGCGUUCACUGCGGGGCAGGAAGAAAUGACAGCGCGUGGGGAAAGUUUGCCUUAACGCUGCCGGGUUGCGCUCGCGGUGUCUCGGACCCUCGGCUCUAAAAUGGCUGGCUGUAGGUCCGAGCGGAGCCAAAGGACGGAUCCGCGUCGCGCCGCCGCUGUCUGUGAAUAACACGUUUCUGCGCUCCCACCGUACGCGUCGCGGACGCCGUUGUCCCAGGUCCGAGAGCUGCCAAGACGCACACGCACCAUGAUGCAAUUGCCAUUUCGGACCUAGGACUGUGCGUAAUGGCGUCCUCCGUGGAUGGUGCUCCUCGGUUCAUCCUCAGUUCGAGCUCCAGCAAAGCGUAACGUUUCCAACGCGAACGGAUUGCGAAUUUUGUUUCGGUGCGAGUGUAAAAAAUGAAACGCGAUCUCAUUUCGUUGCGUGCGGACGGCGGAGGCGUGAGAGAGGGAACGUUAUUUCGCUCGCAUCAUUCGGACCCUUCUGUGCUGCGGUGCGUUUCUCUGAAUGAUCGGCGGCUCCGGUCGACCCCUGGAAAUACAUAAAUAGGUAUGCCCCAAAAUGGAUUCUCAGUUGGCUUCAGUCCUGACCAGUGGCAGCCUGGAUGUCCAAAAUGGCAGCCAGUGUGCAGAAGCAUCAGGGCCUGUGGCAGAUGUUUAUUUGAACCCAAAGGACAAAACCUCAGCCCAUUCUGUACCAGGUAACCUCCAGCCAUGCCCUGUCAAAGCAGCAGUGACCAUCAGAAAGGAGGUUUCUUCAAUCAAUGGGAAAAAGCCAGAGGGGGGCGGGACUUCUAAGCCAGCCUCCCAGGAAACGAGUAAGAUUGGUGGGCUCAGGCAGCCAAUUACAGUCAAAGCCGGAGUGCCUGUGGUGCGCAGCCGUCCAAUCAGAAUCAAAAUUGUUGUUCCCUCACGGUGCAAGAGGCCAAUCGCGAACUCUGCCAACAGCCUGACCAAAGACUUUGCUCACUCACGUUUGAGACCUGUUUUGGUUUCAGCAGGUCCAGUGAUCGCAGAAAAAAAGGGUAAAAUCCAAAUAGCCGCGGUCAAAACAGAAGGAACGCUCGAUGAGGUUGGUCAUGAACAGACUGGAGAACCCCCAGCAGAAUCAUUCCAUGAGGGACAGGACGUGUGCACGCAGAAGCAUGUUUUGGAUGCUAAACUCGUUCACAUCGUGGAGACGGACAAUGCGUUUAAGUCCAGGACUAAUGCAGAUAAAAUACAGAGCCAGUGUGUGAUUAAAGAGGAAUCUGCAGAAAGGGAAGCGGAAGGAAAUGUUCCGCUGCCAUUAGUAGAAACGAGCUCGACUCCUCCUGAGGUGGUCGACGAGGAGGCGAUGGAGGAACAGACGGAACCCCUGGACCUGAGUUUGCCCAAGAAGCGAGAGAGUCGAGACAGGAGGUGCGGACGCUUCCUGGACGACUCGGGCGCCGAGAGCUCGCUGAUCAUGGAGGUGGAUGAAUACGAGGGCGAAGGCGACAGGGACGUGGUGGAAGAGGACGAGGACGAUCUGGACCGCGCGCACACACCGGGGGACUCCGCCUUCUUUUCUACCUCUCUCUUGACCUCACUCUCCUCCACAGACUGUGACCCGGAGAGCCUUCUCCUCAUAGACGACCAGGGAAUCCCGUACACGCUCAGUCCGGACGGGCUCAAAGUGCCACAAGUCCACGCUUCCGCCUCAGAGACGCCCCGCGGAGACGCGGCGGUCGACGGGAGCCUCAACCUAAGUGUGGAGGACGCACUCGACGCACCUUCGGACGAUUUUUACCCCCCUCCAUCACCUGCCGCUGGCUCCUCAUCCUUAUCUGCAGGUCAGCAAAAAGCCCCAGACGUCCCCGUGUCUUUGACUCCAACCCCCGACUCCUCAAACCUCGCACCGGCGGCUCUUCAGCAGGCCAAUGCUGCCCCGCCGCCCUCCUCGGGGCCCGGCCAGCCCAUCCAGAUCCUCACCAGCUCCCCCGCCAGCACCCCUAUCCUCCUCCUGUCCUCCUCCUCCUCCCCUCGGCUCCCCUCCACCCCCGUGGGCCUCUCGCUCCCCCUCUCCGUCACCCAGCCCUCGCCCGGUGCUUCCGCCCCAAUGUUCCUCCUCCUGUCUUCUGUUCCCACUGCUGAAUCCACCUCUACCUCCACCCAGAUUGCUUUCCUUGACCCCUCCACCGGCCACUUGUCCCAGAUCUCCGCCGCCUCUGCCUCAGCCUCAGUGUCCUUCCCUUUAUCGUCUGGUCAGGUCAGCGCUCUGGGACCGCCCCUCCCCACUCUGUCUCACCCCGUCAUUAGGCUGAGCGCCAACAACCCCCCUGUCAUCCUGUCGGGAGUGGCUAAUAUGAACUCUGGCUCUGUGGCUGUCGCUUCGUGCGCCGCCGCUCCCACCGUUCACGCUCAGAUCAACUCCUCCGACUCGAACCCAGGAACUGAAGCCAUACCUGCAGACGAAGUCUCCAAUCCAAGCAGCAAGCCAUCGGCCCCGGCAGCAGCCUGCGACCCCUCAGCUCAGCCCGGCUCAGACGCAGAAGCCCGGUCGCCGGCCUCGGACUCCAAACUGGACCCGUCCGACUUCCACUCAGAACAUUUACCGCUGGAUGACCACCUGUACUUCUCCAGCACCGCUCCCUCCCCUCCCCCCAUCGGCGCCAUGCUCUCCUCUGGGCAACUGGAGCCUCUCAGUCCACUGGACCCCCUCUCCCCGGCGGGUUCCCCCGGCGCCACGGGCUCCCGCAGGGUGCUGUACUGCCAGCUCUGCCCGCGGGUCUUCUUCUACCUCUCCGACCUGGAGCGCCACGCCAUCACCCACUCCCAGAAGAAGCCCCAUGUGUGUCAGCAGUGCGGCAAGGCCUUCAAGCGCUCCAGCCACCUGCAGCGGCACAAGCACAUCCACACAGGCCAGAGGAACUUCGUGUGCCCCAUCUGCACCAAACGCUUCAGGGAGGCCGGCGAGCUCCAGCGCCACCAGCGGGUCCACACGGGCGAGAAGCCGUACCAGUGCCAGCUCUGCCACACGCGCUUCGCCGAGCGCAACACGCUGCGCCGGCACACCAAGCGCAAGCACCCGUACCACCAGGUCGCCAUGGAAAUGCUCAGCGAGAGGCGGGACGGGGGAGGCGGGGGAGGCGCGCAGGAGGAGGAGGAGAGCGCUGAGUGGUACAGCUCCACUGUGUCAAACCUGGAGAACUCCGAGUCUGAAAUGGAAAGUUGAACAGAGGGAAGGCAGCUGGCGGGAUGACGCGCUGCCCUCGUUAGCCAACAAUCAAAGAAGGGAGCGCUUGCAAUAUCCGUUCUGUUGUUUUCUCGUUUAUUUAUUUGAAUGGAGAACGUCUCCCAUUCCUUCUUUAAUGGGCCAAAAACGCAGGUUGAGUUUGAGUAAAAGGCUUUUCUGUAGGAAAAAAGGAGAAGCUCCUGCUUGAAAUGGUGAUUUUUACCAGUUAAAGACAAACGUGCUCCCAAACAAUCCUGAAGUAAACCUUCAAGUGCUCAGAAAAGGUUUGUUGUUUGCUCUAACUUAUUGUCUGCUCUAGACUGUGUGUAUAUAUACAUAUAUAUAUUAAUAUAAAUAUAUAAAGAGUACUGUUUGUAAGAGCUGCACUUCUGCACUAUCUAUGUGAAAGAUGUAAUCUAUCUUUCCUACCGUCAGAGGCACUGUGAGUCAUUUGCACUUGAUUUAUUCAAACGUAAUAUUCACUUUAACGUUGUGGACGAAGACGCUUCACGUUUCCUCUUUUUGCAGCUGUUGACUUCAUGUGUCAAAUCCAUUUUGUGUAAGAGUUUGACCAAAUGUUUUUGUUAUUAUUAUUAUUAUUGUUAUUCUAACAUAAGCGCUAUGUUCAGACUCUAUUAUUUUAUGUAAAUUAUGUUUUAACUUAUUUCAAUUAAAUUUCAACAUCUGUA